GGGAUUGAAUAAAAGGAAACCAUGAUGGCCCAAGCCCAGCUGCACAGCUUGUGUCUCCUCACACUUUAUUUGACAGCCGGGCAUGGCCUGGAGGGGAAGUUCAGUGGGCCCCUGAAGCCCAUGACGUUCUCCAUUUUCGAAGGACAAGAACCGAGUCAGAUCAUAUUCCAGUUUAAGGCCAGUCCUCCUGCUGUGACUUUCAAACUCACUGGGGAGACGGAUGGAAUAUUUGAGAUACAACCAGAUGGGCUUCUAUAUCACAACAGAGCUCUGGACAGGGAAACAAGGGCUGUUCACAAGCUCCAGGUCUCGGCCUUGGAUGCUCACGGAAAUACAGUGGAGGGCCCGGUCCCCAUCACAGUAGAAGUGAAGGACAUCAAUGACAACCGACCCACGUUUCUCCAGUCAAAAUACGAAGGCUCAGUAAGGCAGAAUUCUCGCCCAGGAAAGCCUUUCAUGUAUGUCAAUGCUACAGACCUGGAUGAUCCAGACACUCCCAACGGCCAGCUUUUUUAUCAGAUUGUCAUGCAGCUUCCCAAGGUCAACGAUGUCAUGUACUUUCAGAUCAACAACAAAACAGGGGAAAUAUCACUUACCCUUGCAGGAUCGAAGGAAUUGGAUCCCAGUAAGAACCCUUCCUAUAAUCUGGUGGUCUCAGUGAAGGAUAUGGGAGGCCAGACUGAGAAUUCCUUCAGUGACAGCACAUCUGUGGAUAUCACGGUGAAAGAGAAUAUUUGGAAAGAACCCCAACCUGUGGAGAUUGUAGAAAACUCAACUGACCCUCACCCCAUGAAAAUCACUCAGGUGCGGUGGAAUGAGCCAGGUGCUCACUAUUCCUUAGUCGAAAAGGAGAAGCUGCCAAGAUUCCCGUUUUCAAUUGACCAGGAAGGAGACAUUUAUGUGACUCAGCCCUUGGACAGAGAAGAAAAGGACUCAUACGUUUUCUACGCGGUUGCAAAGGAUGAGCUUGGAAAACCACUUUCAACCUCACUGCCCAUUCAUGUGAAAGUUAAAGACAUUAAUGAUAACCCACCUACGUGUCCACCUACAAUGCCGGUAUUUGAGGUCCAGGAGAAUGAGCAAAUAGUGAGCAGUAUUGGGACGCUGGUUGCCCACGACAUGGAUGAAGAAAACACUGUCAACAGUGUUCUACAUUACAAAAUUGUGGAUCAGUUCCCUAAGUUUCCCAAAGAUGGACUCUUCCUCGUCCAGACCUACACGGGGGUGUUCCAGUUAGCCAAGCAGUCCUUGAAGAAGCAAGACGCUGCCCAGUACCUCUUGACCGUGGAGGUGUCCGACAAAGAUUUCCAGACCCUCUGUCAAGUGAAAAUCAAUGUUAUUGAUAUCAACGAUCAGAUCCCCAUCUUUGAAAAAUCAGAUUACGGAAACCUAACGCUUGCCGAAGACACAGCCGUUGGGUCCACCAUCUUGACCAUCCAGGCCACAGAUGCUGAUGAGCCAUUUACUGGGAGUUCUAAAAUCCUGUAUCGAAUUACACAGGGAGAUGAUGAGGGGCGACUGGGGAUUGACACCGAUCCCCAAAACAACACUGGAUAUGUCAUAAUUAAAAAGCCUCUUGAUUUUGAAACAACAGCCAUUCACAACAUUGUGUUCCAAGCGGAAAAUCCGGAGCCUCUGGUGCCUGGUGUUCAGUACAAUGCCAGCUCGUUCGCCACGUUCACCCUUUUUGUGACAAAUGUGAACGAAGCCCCUCAAUUUCCCCAGCACAUAGUCCAAGCAAAAGUCAGUGAAGACGUGGCCAUAGGCACCAAAGUGGGCAACAUGACUGCUAAGGAUCCGGAAGGUCUGGACAUAAGUUAUUCCCUGAGAGGCGACACGAGAGGCUGGCUGAGAAUUGACCCUGCCACUGGCGAGAUCUUCAGUGCGGCUCCACUGGACAGGGAAGCUGAAAGUCUGUAUCGCGUACAAGUGGUGGCCACUGAAGUAGGUGGGUCUUCCUUGAGCACCGCAGCGGGCUUCCACCUGGCUCUGACCGACGUGAACGACAACCCCCCGCGGCUAGCGAAGGAGUACACAGGCUUGUUCUUCUGCCACCCCCUCGGCGCGCCCGGAAGCCACGUCAUCCAGGCGACGGACGAUGAUCUGCAGUCAUUUCGGGGCCCACAGUUUACAUUUGCCCUUGGCAGCGAAAGCUUACAAAACGACUGGGAAAUCUCCAAAAUCAAUGGCACUCAUGCCAGACUCUCCACCAAACACACCCGCUUCGAGGAGAGAGUUUAUAACGUCCUGAUCCGCAUCAACGAUGGAGGUCAGCCACCCUUGGAGGGGACUGUCUCUUUACCAGUCACUUUCUGCUCGUGUGUGGAAGGGAGGUGUUUCCGGCCAGUAGGUCAUAUGCCUGGGAUACCUACUGUGGGCGCGACAGUUGGCAUACUCCUGACUACAUUUUUGGUCAUUGGUGUAAUUUUAACAGUUGUGUUUAUACGAAUGAAGAAGAAUAAAGGCAAAGAUAAUGUUGAAAGUGCUCAGGGAUCUGAAGCCACACCUCUGAGAAAUUGAAUUUGAAAAGAAAUAUUUGUACCAAGUGCUAUUUGGAUAACACCACCAUUUAAUCCCAUAAUUUUUGCUUUUCAUCCAACAUAUGCACUAUAAUUUUUUACAGAUAUGCCUUCUUGCCCUUUAAUAUUUUAUUACUUUUAAGUAUUUUGUGUGCUAUAGACAUCAGAGAUAUUUUCUAUUUUCUCAUGACACUUUCCCCUCUGCAAAAGCCUUAGCUAUUUAUCCCAAAACAAAAUAUAUGUGUUUUUCCCCUUUAGGGAAAGAUGGGAUGAUGAAAUAGUCUGGGUUUUUCUUUUCUUUAUCAAGGAGAUUUAUCAGUCAUCCACCACAGAACUUCCUGGAUUCAGUUUAUGCUUCUUAUCCAUCCUUUGUCUCCUUCCUUUCUCCUUUAGUAUUUCACUAAUUUAAAAACAUUUGUUGGAGAAAAAAAAAAACAAAGUGAAGUUUUAUUUAAAAUUAAAAGAUGAACUUUGUUCCUUAGUUUGAACAGAAACUCUUGGGUGGUGUUAGUCUUCUUUAGUUCACUGUGGCUUGUGUUGCUCUUCAUUUGCGGUUCUUCUACUUGGGAGCGCCACAAGCCCUCCACAGGCCACAGAGAGGCCCACGGCAGAAACAACCACUGGCUGGGUUCACGUACUACCUACUACACUUGCAUGCUGCCCAUGUUUUCUUUAUGUGUAUAUUAAUAAAGUUUUUGGUUAUUGUCUAUUUAAUGUGUGGAGGAAAAUAAGGAAGCAUGAAAGAAGUCGUGACAAAAAUCAAGAAUAAAUGUUGGCUGUGGUUGGUUUUGUUGCCCUAA